ACACGAGAGCGAGUGGCGCCAUCUUAGUUUCGAACAGAAUACAGUUAACAAUUUACGGGAGUUAUUUUCAAGCAGCACAAACCUCUAACUAAGCUCAAAACCAACAGCAAUUACCGAUGGAUACUAAUACUUGAAUUCUAGCUAAGCAUUAGGGCUUUUUGAACUCCGACCUAGUCAAAAUCGUUGACUGAAAGACGCCCUUUGUUUGACGGUAGUAGAACUUGUGGCAAGAGCGCCUCUUUGAGAAGGCGAGACCCUACAAGAUCCGAAAUACUCUGCUUUUCCUUAUCCGACGAGAUCGAAUAGCUACRAGRCCAAAGAAGAGAGGGUAUUUUUCAUCUGUUAGGGUUUUGGACUUGUUUGCUGUGGUUCAAGACUGUGAGGAGAUUAAGUUCUGUUGCCAACUUAUCUUGUCGUUUGGUUGUACGAGAUUCGCCAUUUUAACAAACGUCAACACUGGGUGGGUAUUUUAUCAGGCAACUCGCAAGCUACUGACCUUUUACGAAAUCUCGCCAGUCAAAUCUUCAGCUGUGUUUUUUUAAAACGAUUUUUUWAAAAAAUUAGACGCUCACAAAGUCUAUUGUCGUUCAAGCCGUCGAAGAAAUAGUGUUGGAUAGCUUCUUCGCGGCUGUGGGAAGCRCCGUACGCACAGACAGAAAAAGAGGCUGAACUCACGGAAACCCGAGAAAGCAAUUUGUAAGAUUGCAUAGCUCGUAUACUCAUMGAUCUCAAAGAUCUGCUCGAUUUUCGUGAAAAUGUUCUGAUAACCGUUGCUUAGAAAAAUGGUAAGCAUCCGAGAGUUGAUUGAUAAUUUACGCGCAACAAAGCCGCCAUACGAGUGCCCUUUGUGCCAAAAAUUCUACAAAAGCUACAGCGGAAUUGAGUAUCAUUUGCAGAACUUUAAACACGAUGGAACAGACGCUCCUCAGCCUCCAGCUUCGUCCAAAAAGAGUAAAGGAAGGGGACGCAAAAGCGUCAAAACAGGCAAAAAUAAACGACCUCCCCCAUCGCCGCCUCAGGUUGUUGUUCGGGAAACUCUUACUUACGCUCAGGCACAACUCAUUGUGGAAGUGGAAUUAGAUGGCUUAGUCCAAAGAAUCGGCAUCGAUGACAGCCUUGAAGUUCUUGACGAGAAUAGAGAUCAAGAGCCAGAGAAUAGCAUAACUUCGAUUGAACAUGAAACUCCGAAACCCGUGUCAAAAAACAAAAACAAAUCCACGAAAAAUGAUGCUGAACGGACGCCGGCUCUUCCGAAACCCGAUUUUGUUGAUAGAGAUGAUUUUCGUCAUCCCGAUGCUCCAGCAAGACCGACUACGUAUUUUCGAUUUAUAGAACAAACUACAGAGGAAAUGGAUGAGAAUGUUGAAUACGAUAUGGACGAAGAGGACUACAGUUGGUUGGAUUUGAUCAAUGACCAACGAAAGUCGGAAAAUAUUACCCCGGUCUCCCAAGAAGUGUUUGAAAAUUUAAUGGAUAGAUUGGAAAAAGAAUCUUACUUUCAGAGCCAAACUACCUGUGAUCCAAAUCAGUACAUUGAUGAAGAUGCUGUUUGCUGCAUCUGCAAUGAUGGAGAAUGCCAAAAUAGUAAUGUGAUUCUAUUCUGUGACAUGUGCAACUUGGCCGUGCAUCAGGAGUGCUAUGGAGUCCCAUAUAUUCCCGAGGGACAGUGGCUGUGCAGACGGUGUCUGCAGUCACCAUCCAGAGCAGUGGACUGUGUCUUGUGUCCCAAUAAGACUGGUGCAUUCAAGCAGACUGAUGAUGGCCGGUGGGGGCAUGUAGUUUGUGCACUGUGGAUUCCUGAAGUUUGCUUUGCAAAUACUGUUUUUCUUGAACCUAUUGACUCAAUAGAGAAUAUCCCCUCAGCUCGCUGGAAACUAACAUGCUAUAUCUGCAAACGUCGCCAAGGAGCAAGCAUUCAAUGCUUCAAAACAAACUGCUACACUGCUUUUCAUGUUACAUGCGCUCAGCAAGCAGGCUUGUUCAUGAAGAUUGAGCCAGUGAAAGGGGAAAAUGGACAACUGACUGUUCGCAAGACAGCAUACUGCGAUGUUCAUUCUCCUGGACACCUUGGCGAAGAWAAAGACCUUGAUAUGGACAGUGAAGAGAAACUUYUACCUGUUAAAAACAAACUUGCAACAAAGAAUGGAACUUCAAAGAGGAGYAUCAAGAAGUUUAGAAAGCUUUUGGCCGAAAAGAAGACAAUGCCGGUUCCUGUAGUAAACAUCCCAUUUAUUCCAUCGCACAGGCUUGGAAAGAUUGUUAGUAAAGUUGCCAUGGCACGCAAAGCUCAGUUUGUUCAGUCGUUGCAGAGUUAUUGGAUGCUCAAACGGCAGUCUAGAAAUGGUGUCCCCCUUUUGAGGAGGCUGCAGGCGACCCAUCUCAGUCAAAAAGGAGGUGGRGAYGAGUCCAGUGAAAGAUCAGAGAGGAUUAAAGCUAUGAAAGAGCAACUACACUUUUGGCAGAGACUUCGACAUGACCUGGAGAGAGCUAGACUGCUUGUUGAACUGAUACGGAAAAGGGAAAAGUUGAAACGAGAACAUGUGAAAGUCAAGCAACAUGUUGUGGACCUACAGUUGCAGCCAUUGAACMUGGUAYUGAGAAAGGCUUUGGAUCARAUCCAGACYAAGGACCCUGGGGAUAUAUUUACUGAACCAGUUGAUCCAAAUGAGGUACCAGACUACCUUGAUGUYAUAGACCAACCUAUGGACUUCUCUACCAUGAGAACAAGAAUAGAAUCCAACCACUACCAUACAAUAGACCAGUUUGAGGCUGACUUCAAUCUCAUCAUUGAUAACUGUAUGCAGUAUAAUGCRCCAGAUACAAUCUAUUACAGAGCAGCSAUCAAGCUCAGAGACCAGGGAAGACCGAUCAUUCGCGCUGCUAGAAGACAAGUCGAGCGAGCAGGAAUUGAUCCGAUGACAGGGCUUCAUACAAAAGAGCCACCCACUUUGGCYGAUAGAGAACCAACAGAGGAAGAUUUCAUUUUGACAGAAGAGCAACGCAAGGAYAUGAGUCUAGAGGAACAACUCAAGGACUUGACCGAGAAACUUGACAUGACCCAAGCCAUCAAACAUGGAGGUGUAAGAGCGACUAGAGUUAGAAUGUUACGCAAAGAAAUGGCGCUUGUGAGAAGAAAGUUGAACCAGGAAAGAAGACGUUUCUCAGAAUCAAGUGGUGGUAAUAUCAAUGACGAUCGAUUUUCAAAGUCCUUCGAGUGUACCAGUGAAGAUUCAACGAGUGAACCACCACCGAUCAAGAAGCAGAGACUUGAGGAAACCUCGGUUCACCAUGAUGGAGAUGUGGUCUCUGCGCAUGCUCAUGGAUCUGUAACCACUGAGCUCAAACCAACGCCAGACUCGUCUGUUUCUACUACAACAACCAACCCAAGUCCCGGAAUGAGYCGUCGCAGUGGAAUACUUUUCAACAAGGGACGAAGUCGUGUACGACGGAACUUAAACGCCUCGACCGAGAAGUCUGGGAACGAAGUGACGUCAGUACCAAAUCACGUGCUUCAACCGGUCAAUCAUGAAAAGAAUACGGAAAUCACGGCCACGGAAUCGCAAGUCACGCAGAAUCACAGAACCGACAUGAUACGUAACACCGACGUGUUUCUUGAGGARAARACCGCUGURAARGAGCCCGUUACGCAUAAAUGGCGUAACGACAGCGUUAGCAGUAACGAGGGUACGUUUACGCAUAGAAAACCCUACAAAACAGAACUUGGGAAACUUAUAGAAGACGCAACGUCGCCGCUCUACGACUCGCACAACGACAAGCURAGUUUCUUCGCCAACGGCCUUCGACAGAGAAAUUACAGAACGUAUACCAGCGAGUCAGAGUCGGACAACACCGAAGUUCGAGCGAACGGCGGUCGACAGAGACGAAUAGGUCGGAUGUUCUCGUCGGUUUCCGAAGACGAACAAAGCACGACGGAUACCGAAGUGUGUGCGUUAGAAAACAGGGYGGUCAAUGGUCCUGUCGAGAAAAAGAAACGACAACGAAAGACGACUACGGAUUCAGAUAUGGAUUUGACGCCGUUAGAGCCGCUUGAACUGGUGUGGGCAAAAUGUCGUGGGUACCCAUCUUAUCCUGCCUUGAUAAUUGACCCGAAGACCAAGAAAGGACUUGUUUAUAACGGRAUACCAAUUCCUGCUCCUCCUGARGAUGUCAUGAGAGAGAAAUCAGUCACCGAUGACUCGCUGUACCUCGUUUUAUUCUUCGACACUAGACGGACAUGGCAAUGGCUACCUCGCCAUAAGCUGGAACUCCUAGGAAUCGACCAAACACGAGACGAGAGUAAAUUACUCGAAGGGAAAAAACUAUCCAUGAAGAAAUCAGUACAGCACGCAUACGAACGAGCUCUCAUGCACCGAGACCAAGUGGAAGCAGGCCGAMGAAGUUUGCAAAUGAACGAUGACGAAGAAGACAAUAUAAGCGAAAAUGGUUUCGACUAAACGAGAAUWCUGUCACGCAACUUCCGUCACGUCUUUUUCUCGCUCUCCAGUCUGCGGUUUAGCUGCUGUACACYUUGACAAAAUGACGCGUUGUAAGUAUUUGCAAUGAAUUUGAAUGGCUUUUUAUUUUUUAUCAGGCUUACGCCAAGCUCAAAGUAAACUCGCCCCUGGCUCGUGCAAGUUUUUAAGAUUAAAAUMUUUUGAAUCAUACCCAAAACUAUGAAAUGCAACCUUGAUUUCUUUAUCAAUACUUCUGUGCAAACUCUAUUCCAAUUAUUUGCACCGUCAAAAAGUCAUCGCUUGAGAAAAACCAUUAGUCGACGCGCUUGUUGUCAAGGUGUACAGGCUGUAGCUAGUGCCAGUGUCUGGCAUACCUUUGAUCAAUAUCGUCAGAAAACUAAUUUUUCAUCUUUCUUAAUAAUCCAUAUUUUUUGUAGUAAAAUAUAUAUAAUCUACGCUCGCAAUUCCUAUGAAAAUUCCGCUUUUUGUAAUAUGACCAGUAUUCUACACUCGCUCGCAGGGGUUUUCAGUCUUCAUUGUUCUUGCAAUUCGUGAUACCAGCGAAAGWGUCGCUCGUUGGUUUCUCUCAGGGGAGGGGUGAGGGUGGUAAAUUUCACCCUUGUCAAACCAUAAGCCAAGUUUCAAAAUUGAAGCUCAAAACGUUUUAUAUACAAAUUCUCUAAUUCAGAUCGUAUGCAUGGUUUUGACCAAUCGUGAUGUUUGUUGUAAAGAAGUUAAGCACGUCUAAGUAAGUCUCAGGGCAGUUCAAAACUGUAUAAAACUGCAAUUUUUAGCAAAUUUUUUCAAGUCCAAUUGUAUUUAAAAUGAUAUUUGGGUCAGGCUUAUUAAGAUUUGUGUUCAGUUAGUCGUAUUUUUUAAUGAAAUAUGUAUACUUUAGACAAAAAAAUCAUGUAAAAUUCAACUGUAUUAGACCAAGCACUCACAAACAAARACUCGCUUGACAAUUAGGAACUUCUUGUGUGGUUUUUGAAUAAAUAUCCAAUGGAAAACGUUAUUGUGUAUAUAUAUCUUGUACGUUAGAGAUGCAUUUUUAACUAUCAAGAGGCUUAAAUAAAGCACUGUUUUCAAUAUA